UUCAAGGAUGUCAAUCGGGCCUACCAGGUUCUAAUGGAUCCCGUGAAACGCGGCAUCUACGAUAAAUACGGCAGUGUAGGCCUCUCAAUAGCCGAACAGGUUGGAGAGGACAAUGUCCAGGCCUACUUUAUGUUAACUAGCAAAUGGUGCAAGUGUAGUAAGGAGGAAGGUGGUACACUAUACGCCUGUUUUCCGGGUCAAUCGUGUCUACCGAAGCCUGGAAGCGUCGGCGGUAGUCAGAUUUGA